UCUCUCACACAAAAUCCCAUAACCGGAACUGCUUAUAUGAGGCACUUGACUCGCCCACUCACCCCAGUCAGCUCGCCCGAGGUACUCCGCUCUAUCGUACUCAAAGCCUCUUUUACUCCCCGUUUUUCCCAAACAAUCUUGCCUCUUCACCAUCUCAAACAAUUCACGCCCCUCAAACCCCUAGAAUUUACCACUUCUGGCACCACCGCUAACCGUCCCAAUAACAAACUGAAACCGCCGGCAUUGGAGCCGAAACCGACGGAAUCAGAUCCCCCGUCCGGCGAGGACUUCGUCCACAUCGAAAACCCUAACCCUAAUGUCACGGACGUAUUAAGCGAAAGCAUCGUGAAAGUUGAAGAAGAAGAGGAAGAAGAAGAAGAGAUGCAAAACGAGGAUUACGAUUGCACUAACAGCGACGCCGUUUCGAGGAGCCAAAGAUCUGAUUCUUCGGACAGAAGGAAGGUGGAGCUCCCUGAGGAGCUUUCGAGGAGCGUGAUGGUUCUCACAUGCCAGUCCUCCGCCGAGGGCGGCAAUUGCGAUGUGUACUUGGUUGGGACUGCGCAUGUCUCUCAGGAAUCAUGCAGAGAAGUUGAAGCUGUAAUCAGUUUUUUGAAACCACAGGUUGUUUUCUUGGAGUUAUGCUCAAGUCGAGUUGCUGUGCUUACUCCCCAGAAUUUAAAGGUACCAACCAUGGGAGAAAUGAUAGAUAUGUGGAAGAAAAAGCAUAACAUGUUUGGUAUCCUUUAUAGUUGGUUUCUUGCCAAGGUUGCUAGUAAGCUUGAGGUUUUCCCUGGGUCUGAAUUUCGUGUGGCAUUUGAAGAAGCAAUGAAGUAUGGUGGCAAGGUGAUUCUUGGUGAUCGUCCUGUACAGAUUACAUUGCGGAGAACUUGGGGGAAAAUGCCUCUUUGGCAUAAGACAAAAUUAUUGUAUUCCUUACUUUUUCAAGCAGUCUUCUUGCCAAGCCCUGAAGAACUUAAUAAAAUGCUGAAGGACAUGGAUGAUGUUGACAUGCUGACUCUUGUGAUUCAAGAAAUGAGCAAGGAAUUCCCAACUCUAAUGGAAACUCUUGUACAUGAACGAGACCAGUACAUGUCAUCCACUUUGCAUAGAAUUGCGAGUGAGCAUAGCUCAGUUGUGGCAGUCGUUGGUAAGGGGCACUUGCAAGGAAUUAGGAAGCAUUGGAAGCAGCCUGUUUCGAUGAAUGAUCUCAUGGCAACUCCUUCGCAGCAACCCACAGUUUCAACUGGCAAAAUUCUGGCAUCCCUUGGCAUUGCCGCUGCUGGGGUGGCUAUCAUUUCGGGCAUCUAUUUUGCAUGCAAGAAAUAAAUCCACUACUAGAAUUUUGAUUGAGCAAAUUACCAAGGUUGCAAUCUGUGCAAAAAAAAAAAACUGUGAGCUCCAAUUCAAAACUUAUGGACUAAAAACCAUAUUUUAAAAUUUAAAUGUCCGGCCAACUUUUAACAAAAGCAAAACAAGCAAUAUACUUGUUAUUUUUGCUA